UCCUUGCUGCUCACGCUGUCACAGUUGUAGCGCUUGUUUCAUUCACCUGGCGUUUGACAUAUUGUCAGUAUAAUGGCUGCAUUAAUCAGGAGGAUCAUCAGCACAACGAAGGCUCCCGCUGCUAUCGGCCCGUACAGCCAAGCAGUGGUGGUAGAUCGGACAGUGUACAUCUCAGGACAGCUGGGGAUGGAUCCUUCCAGUGGACAGCUGGUACAAGGUGGUGUUCAGGCUCAGACCAGACAGGCUCUUGUAAAUAUGGGUGAAAUCCUUAAAGCUGCUGGGUGCGGUUAUGAGAAUGUUGUCAAAACCACAGUGCUCUUGGCUGACAUGAACGACUUCGCUAUUGUCAACGAUGUGUACAAGCAGUUCUUCAGCACUAACUACCCAGCCAGAGCUGCCUACCAGGUUGCUGCUCUUCCCAGAGGUGGACUGGUUGAGAUUGAAGCCGUUGCUGUUUUGGGUCCUCUGACUGAUGUUUCCUAACAAGGACAUCUAUCAAAGAA